AUGCAUACAAGAGAUUAUAGGGACUGGAAGAAAUUCAGUAAGAAUUUGAAAUUGAGAAUUACAAAAAUAUCACAGAUUGACACGCCAGAAGAACUCGAAGAUAGAGUAAACGAUUUAGAAGAACACAUACUGAAGGCAUAUGAGGAGAGCACGAAGAAGGUAAUCAAACCAACACCAAGACAUAAAGAAGGAAAGAACCCUAUAGAAAUAAAAGAAUUAAUCAAGAUCAACAGAAGACUAACGAAAAAUUAUAGAAUCUACAAGAAAAAUGAAGACAGGCUUAAACUGAACAAACAUAGUCAAGUCUUGAAAAAUGCACUCAUUGAACUCUGGAGAAUUAGAUGGAAUAAGAAAAUAAGCGAACUAAACACGAAGGAUCAUUCCGCAUGGAUAAUGCAAAAAUAUCUUAGGCAAGAGAACACAGUAAUACCGCCACUGCAUGCCGAUACAAUUGAAAGGGCAUCUAGGAUUAAUUAUAGAGAAGACGACGAUAAUGAAGAGCUCGAAGAAAUAAUAGAAGAACAUGAAGAAGAAAUGAAGACACUACCAGAAGAGACAAUGACGAAUCAAACUUCUCCUACAGAAAUCAAAGAAUUGAUCAGGAAACUAUUUCAAAUAGGCCACGUUCUCCAGAAAAGUCUAAUAGGCUGUCGAACCAUCAACUGGGUCAGGAGGGACGAAUGCUCCAAACAGCUCUUGAAACACCUCAAGCAAUGUCUGAGAGAAAGCUACACUAAACAAAAACAAAAAUAUAACAGCGAAUUCAUUAGUGGUGCAGAAAAUAAAUCGAGAGCUGUAUGGAAGGUUAUAAAACGAGAGACGGGAAGAAGAGGCACUGGGGCCGGGCAGUCCCAGUUGUCCUCUGAUGAUAUGGCAGGAUCUUUCUCUGAUAUUGGAGAUAGUGGAAAUCAGAUUCUCCAUGGAUCAGAUGCCGACCCCUCUAUUCUAUUCAAGAACUACAUGUCGAGAAAGAAGAUUAACGACCACUCAAUGUUCAUUUUUCCAACUGACGUAUCUGAACUCCAGAGUAUUGUGAAAGGUCUCAAGGGAAAAUUAACGCAAGACAUUUAUGGCAUGAACACCUUACUAUUGAAAAAGAAUUUAAAAAUGGCCAGAGUUGUACCACUCCACAAAAAAGGAGAUGCCGAUUAUGCGGACAACUAUAGGCCCAUUUCAAUUCUGCCCGUCUUCUCGAAAAUCCUCGAAGAACUCCUGAAGAGAAGGCUAAUAGCAUUUUCAAAGAGUAAAAAUGUCCUAAGUGAGGAUCAGCAUGGUUUUUCUUCUGGCAAAUCGACUACUACUACAUUGUAG